AUGGAAAACUUCCUCCUUGACAAUGCCCAACGCCACCAAGGCCUCGUUAAGCGGUUCGUGCCCCCGCCAGCGAAACAGAAUGCGGGGCAUAAGCCUGAGCCGCCCGCAAGGGAUCUCAUCAUCGCGACGCGUAUCCGCCCGAUAUUGGAAGAUGAAGCCUCGUCUGGACAUGCCCCCUGCUGUAUUUACUCGGAAGACCGAUACGGGCGUUGUGGAUCUCCACGAGUUGAAGAGGGUCGUUCGGGGGUUGCCGACGUUGAAUUCAUCAUGCUUUCGACCUGGAACGGUCCACUUCUGCCCUGGGUGUGGGACGGCAAUGUGGGAACACUCUUCGCCUACGGACAAACAGGGUCUGGCAAGACAUUCAGCAUUAGCCGAUUGGAGCGACUUGUUGCACGCAAUCUAUUCGAUGGGUCCCUAUAUGGAGAGAGAAAGGUCUACGUCUCCAUCUUCGAGCUGGCAGGAAACACUGCACGGGACCUCCUCCUUGCCAGCCAGAGCGCCGGCGCCGGUUCUGCACCACCGAUACAAUUACUCGAGGACUCUUUCGGCGACGUGCAGCUAACAAAUGCAUUCGAACCAGAAGUUACCUUCGCCGGUGAACUUCUCCAGCUAAUCGAACAGACCGCUGCACUUCGCAAAACAGCAUCAACAGAGAAAAACAAUGGGUCCUCGCGCAGUCAUGCCGUGUGCCGCCUUCGAAUAGUGAACCCCUCGUCCGAUGUUUUGGAAGAUGGAUAUCUGUAUCUCAUCGAUCUGGCCGGGUCCGAGGCAGCCCGCGAUAUCGCAGAGCACGGGGCCGACCGGAUGAAAGAGACCCGUGAAAUCAACAUCAGUUUGUCCAUUCUCAAAGACUGUAUUCGGAGUAUCACCGAUGCGAAUUCCUCCAAGUCAUCGAAGAAGCCUUAUGUUCCUUUUCGCCAAAGUACACUGACAAAGACUCUUAAGCACGUGUUUGAUCCAUUUGGAGGCCGGAAAUGCAAGACCGCCGUUCUGGCUUGCGUCAAUCCCAGUUUCUUAGAUACUGGUGCAACGAAGAAUACUCUUCGCUACGCGGAGAUGCUCUCAGCUGUACCACCAACUAAUAAAUCUCCCGGGUAUAACCCGAAUGUCCCAAUGACAUGGACGAAUAAAGAUGUCCGCCAUUACAUCGUAACCAAGUCUGGUAAUCCCUCCAUAGCACCAUACGAGCUAGCCCCAAGGGAAACUGGAGCCCAAUUCCUCCGCCUGCCAAUUGAGGACUUUGUACAGAGGUCCCUGCAAACACCCGGUGUAACCGGGGAGCAGGCCAAUGCCUUCCAUCUUAAACUGUGGACAUUACAUCUCGAUUCUCAGCGGAAGCAAUCUACCAAGACUAGCAACAAACAGGGCGCAAAGUCGGAUCCACAGGACCCUCUUUCGUCAAGCCUGUCAAGUCGGGACCCAUCAAAGAAAACAGGAAUCCUAUUCACCGAUCGAAUUCGUCCGGGUAUGGCAGUACUAUGGAAUCCACCUGCAUACUUUCCCUACCGCCAUGAAGAACAGAAUAUGGUGGUUGUACUUUGCCCUUUGCAUGCCGCUAGCGAGAACGUGAAUGACGUUAUGGGUCAUAAAGUCCAGCCUUUUCAGAAUCUAGAGAGUAAGUUUCUUUGCGCGUUGGCUUUACCCGGUCCGAUGGGCCAGUCUUAUGAAGUGCAUUUGUGGCGGCAGGCUGUAGUGCCAGUGCAGCAGAUGCUGUCCGAAGUUGUGCUGGAGUACGAUCCUGCGACGAGGUAUUAUUAUGUUAGUGCCUAG